AUGGGGCCGUGGGACAGCCGAGCUGAGGUCCGAGUCCUGGUGGAUUUAUGUAACAGCACAAAAGGGAUAUGCUUAACAGGUCCCCCAGGUCCCCCAGGACCUCCUGGACUUGAUGGACUGCCUGGCUACAAUGGAUCAGAUGGAGUCCCAGGUAUACCAGGACAAAAGGGAGAUCCAGGAGUAAAUGGAAAAAGAGGAAAAACAGGUAUGCCAGGGCCUAAAGGUGAUCAAGGAGAGAAAGGAGAACCUGGAGAAAUGGGUUCACCUGGUAAGGACGGAAUGCCAGGAGGAAAAGGUUCAAGAGGAGCAAAGGGUGAAAAAGGGGAUGCAAACAAUGAUGUGGUAUUAGAAGGUGCAAAAGGGGAACCUGGGCCACCAGGCCCCCCUGGACCACCUGGACCUCCAGGACCUCCAGGAAAACGUAAAGGUAAAGGUAAAGCACAACCUCAGGAGAACAUAUACAGCAGCAAAUGCACAGGGGAGACCUGUGCUGUACCGAAUGAUGAUACCCAGGCUGGAAAAGCUGAAGACAGAACCCCUGGUCCUUCAAAAAAACCUGAAUGUGUCAUAACCUCUGUAGGAAGCCCUGUACACUUUGUCACUGUACAGCAAACAUUUGGAACUUGGAUGAGGGAACCUGCAAAUAUAAGUGAUGAAAGGAUUUGGCUCACCCUGCAUUUUUCAGGAAACUCCAUAAAAGAAUACGGGAACUCCAAUGCCUUGCUGAAUGACACCUACAGGAUCAUUAAUAUCACAGGAUUCUUUUAUGGAUGUGGUCAUGCAGUACAAAACAAUCACCUGUACUAUCAAAAAGGUGGAACCAAUGUCAUUCUAAGAUUUGGGCUUGACACAGCAUCAUUGGGCACACUGCUCAUUGAAAAUGCCUUAUAUCAUGGUCGUAACUACCUCUUUUCUAACUCAAAGACAUAUUUCAACAUAGCAGUGGAUGAGAAGGGUCUUUGGAUCAUUUAUGCCUCGAGCACUGAUGAAAAUAUAAUAGUAGCACAUAUUGAUGAGGAAAGCUUUUCAGUCACCCGGCAUAUCAACACCACCUAUCCCAAGUCCAAGGCUGGUAAUGCAUUCAUAGCAUGUGGCAUCAUGUAUGUUACUGAUACCAAGGACAUGACAGUAAGUUUUGCUUUUGAUUUAUUGAAAGAGAAGCAGGUUGAUGCAAGGUUUGAGUUACGGUCUUCACAGUCCGUUCUUGCUAUGCUUUCAUACAGUCUUAGAGAUAAGAAUUUGUAUACUUGGGAGAACGGGAGCUUAAUGAUAUACCCUGUACAUUUUGGCAGAUGAAUAUAUUUUAAA